UCCUGUUGCGAGGUACCUUGAAAAAAGGACUAAAAUGUUACUAAGCUAAAAUUUAAUUUAAUGUAUGUGUUAAUAAUUGUUACAAAGUUGCAGCUGAUGAUCUAAAGGCGGAAUGGAAAAAGCUACAAGAUAGUUUCAGGCAGGCUAUGUUAAGAAGAAGAACUAAAAGUGGACAAGCUUCAAAGAAAAUGAAAGUCUGGAAGUAUGAAUUGCAGAUGUCCUUCUUGCUGGCGGAUACCAUUCCACGAGGAACAGAUUCGAAUGUUGCAACAGUGCAGAACGAGGGUGAUGAGGACUUCGUUGAACUGAACGCGACGGGUGGCGGAAAUGAAGAAAACGAAAAAGAAGAGACAGAUGGUGGUGAAGACAAGGCUGAAAAUGAGCAAGAGGGACGUAGCAGAAUCUUUCGUAAGCGAAACAGGAAGCUAGUUAAAGAAAAUGAACAGGAUGUUGAUAAAGUGAUAUCGUUCAUGAAGGAGAAAAAACAAGAAAGCAAAAAGUUAUUAGGUGAACUUGAUUACUUCUUUGCUAGUGCCUGUGAGAGUGCGAAGCGUCUCCCUCGACAUUUAUAGUUGAGAGUAAAGCGAGAAGUGAUGAACACAAUUUUAAAUGCUGAAACGGAGUCCCUGAGCUCUACUCCGGCAUCUGCCUCUGCACCAUCGUCAGCCACUAACAUCAGUGCACCACCGUCAAGGGCUGCUUCAUCACUUACCUACAAUUCAUGCGAGACGGAAGAAAGCUACUAUAAUCAGGAUUACGGUUAUGAUGCUAAUUAUGAUUUAACGGCAGAAGGAGAAAAUAACUUUUCGUGUAAACAGUGAUUAAUAUUAAUAUUAAUUGAUUUUCAUUAACUUUUGUUCCUCAUUAACAAGUCAAAAAAUAUAUCGUUUUUAUAAACAGCAUGUUUUACUUACCUCA